GAAAUGGCUACAUUGAAGGCAAAGAGCUGGAAAACUUCUUCCAGGAGCUGGAAAGUGCGAGGAAGGGGGCGGGGGUGGAUUCCAAGAACGACAACUUAGGUGACAAGAUGAAGGAGUUCAUGCACAAGUAUGACAAAAACGCAGAUGGCAAAAUCGAGAUGGCGGAGCUGGCCCAGAUCCUGCCCACGGAGGAGAAUUUCCUGCUCUGUUUCCGCCAGCACGUGGGCUCCAGCUCAGAGUUCAUGGAGGCUUGGCGCAGGUAUGACACGGACCGCAGCGGCUACAUCGAAGCCAACGAGCUCAAGGGCUUCUUGUCAGACCUGCUGAAGAAGGCGAACCGUCCCUAUGAUGAGCCCAAGCUGCAGGAGUACACACAGACCAUUCUGCGGAUGUUCGACAUGAACGGCGACGGGAAGCUGGGCCUCUCGGAGAUGUCCCGACUUUUGCCUGUGCAAGAAAACUUCCUUCUGAAGUUUCAGGGGAUGAAGCUGUCCUCAGAGGAGUUCAACGCCAUCUUCGCCUUCUACGACAAGGAUGGAAGUGGCUUCAUUGAUGAGAAUGAGCUGGAUGCGCUUUUGAAAGACCUGUAUGAGAAGAAUAAGAAAGAGAUGAACAUCCAGCAGCUCACCAACUACAGGAAGAGCAUCAUGAACCUCUCCGACGGGGGCAAACUCUACCGCAAGGAACUGGAGAUCGUGCUCUGCAACGAGCCCCCCAUGUAGGAAAGCCCUGCCCAUGCCACCCUGUGCUCCUCUUCCUCCCUGAAAACAAGCACAACGGGG